UCCUUGCCGGCCCCGGCCCCGCCCCCUGCCUCUGGCUGCUCGGAUCAGCUUCCAGUCCGGUCGGCCCGGCCCGGGGGCCAUGGAGCUCAGAGCAGCGGAUCGCGAGCCUCCUGCGAACCCCAGCCUCCACGCCCGGUUAGCACCCGGCCGGGAGAUGAGGCAGUGGAAUCUGGAAGGGCGGUGAAAAUCCCACGUCCUGCCCUCCCCCGGCCUCUCCAUUCGGCCCCCGGGUAGAGAGGUGCCGGGCUCCCACCCCUUCCCAGCCCCAGCCCUGGAGACAGCAGCCCCUAGACUACCGAGGGACAGCGACAGCAUGAAGGCUCCGGGUCGGCUCGUGCUCAUCCUCCUGUGCUCUGUGGUCUUCUCUGCCAUCUACUUCCUCCUGUGCUGCUGGGCUGGCCUGCCUCUCUGCCUGGCCACCUGCCUGGACCACCACUUUUCCACAGACUCCAGGCCUACUGUGCCAGGCCCCUUGCACUUCAGUGGAUAUAGCAGUGUGCCAGAUGGGAAGCCGCUGGUCCGCGAGCCCUGCCGCAGCUGUGCUGUGGUGUCCAGCUCCGGCCAGAUGCUGGGCUCAGGCCUGGGUGCUGAGAUCGACGGUGCCGAGUGCGUGUUCCGCAUGAACCAGGCGCCCACCAUGGGCUUUGAGGCAGACGUGGGCCAGCGCAGUACCCUGCGUGUCAUCUCACACACAAGCGUGCCGCUGCUGCUGCGCAACUACUCACACUACUUCCAGAAGGCCCGAGACACGCUCUACGUGGUGUGGGGCCAGGGCAGGCACAUGGACCGGGUGCUCGGAGGCCGCACCUACCGCACGCUGCUGCAGCUCACCAGGAUGUACCCCGGCCUGCAGGUGUACACCUUCACUGAGCGCAUGAUGGCCUACUGCGACCAAAUCUUCCAGGACGAGACGGGCAAGAACCGGAGGCAGUCGGGCUCCUUCCUCAGCACCGGCUGGUUCACCAUGAUCCUCGCGCUGGAGCUGUGUGAGGAGAUCGUGGUCUAUGGGAUGGUCAGCGACAGCUACUGCAGGGAGAAGAGCCACCCCUCAGUGCCUUACCACUACUUCGAGAAGGGCCGACUGGAUGAAUGUCAGAUGUACCUGGCACACGAGCAGGCGCCCCGAAGUGCCCACCGCUUCAUCACUGAGAAGGCAGUCUUCUCCCGCUGGGCCAAGAAGAGGCCCAUCGUGUUCGCCCAUCCGUCCUGGAGGACUGAGUAGCCUCUGUCACCCUGCCAGCCGCCAUGCUGUUGGGAGGCCUCUGGGAUGUCCCAUCCCAGGCCAUCACACUCCACAAAAACAUUUAAUUUAUGGAUCCUGCCUCCUGCCACGUGCUGGGUGGAGUGCCCCCACUCUGGCAACACUUGGAGCCAUCUCAGGUCUCAUGACUUGAAGGGGAGUGGAAUGAGGAGCCCUGUCUCCACCUCUACUCCCUGAGUAAUUCAUGGCAUUUGGGGGCUUACCCCACCUCCAGGUCUGUCAAGUGGCCUUUGUCCCUCGGGCUGAUGGCCCCCUACUCACCAGCAUCAUGACCUUGUGCCAGUCCUGGUCCUUCCUCCCCAGCCACCCCUACUACCUUUUGGUGCCACACUUCUCAGGCCGGCCGCCCUGGUUGGGGCAGCCAAGAGCCUGGGGUUCGUUGGGUGAAGGGGCCUUGGAGUUGUGACUGCCGGGGCCGUAUCAGGAACGUACGGGUAAACGUGUGUUUUCUGGA